AUGGAGGUACUUGCAGCGUAUGAAGAAGCAUCUGGACAGCUAGUCAAUAAGGCAAAGUCAGCUGUGUAUCCCCAUCAUUUGACUGAUAGUGAAGUAGAAGAGAAGGUGGAGAGAGUUACAGGAAUUAAAAGGCAGGAAUUCCCAAUUGUGUAUUUAGGAUGCCCUAUUUUUUAUUCAAGAAGGAAAAUGGAAUAUUAUCAGCCAAUGAUUACUAAGGUAUUGGACAGAUUACAAUCAUGGAAAGGCAAGCUAUUGCCUAUUGGGGGAAGGACAAUUCUCAUUGCCCAUGUGCUUCAGAGUAUGCCAAUUCAUUUGUUAUCUGCAGUCAAUCCACCUGCAUAUGUGAUUAAUAUACUUCACAAGAUUUUUGCUCAAUUUUUCUGGAGCAGUUCAGUGACAGGUAACAACAGGCAUUGGGUAUCAUGGAGUACCUUAUGUAUGCCACAGGAAGAAGGGGGUAUUGGUUUUAGAUCCCUUCAUGAUGUAGCAAAAGCUCUGUUCUGCAAAUUGUGGUGGAAAUAUAGAACAAAACCUAGUCUGUGGAGCUCAUUUAUGAGUCAGAAGUAUUGCAAAAAGAUAAAUUCAGUGGUAGUGCCAUGGAGAAAAGGAUCACAUGUUUGGAGAAAGAUGUUGGAGUGCAGAGACCUUGUUGAACACCUGAUCAUUUGGCAACCAAGGAUAGUCCAUAAUGUGUGGGAUGUGAUGGAUGGAGGAGAAUGGAAUACACAAAGGCUUUAUGAAAUAUUACCUGAAGAAUUUGCAGAACACAUCAUAGUAAACCUUCAGCCACCUGCAGCUCAAGGAGUCUUGGAUGUACCUGUUUGGACUUUGGAAUCAAAGGGUCAGUUCAGUGUUAGAACAACAUGGGAGUAUGUGAGGAACAGAGUUGAACCAAUGUCAGCUUAUAAGAAAAUUUGGGUGAAAGAUCCUUUGGAGGAAACAACACAACACUUAUUUUUUACAUUAUAUGCUGCAAACAAAGUAUGGAGGUAUUACCUUGGGCAUGUUGGUAUUGUAACAAAAGGACUCACACUAUACCAGGCAAUUAUCAAAUGCUGGACUGUAGAUGUAGUACCUCGACUGAAGCCAAUUUUGCAAGCCUUGCCAUCAGUCAUAUCAUUGAUUAAAGUAAGGAAGCCAGGAAUUAGUCAGGUUUCUCAUAGGUGGCCAGAUAUGUUGAAGAUGAUGGAUCAGUUCACACCAAAUCUUAGAUAUACAAAGGUGAAUUGGGAUUUUCCAGAACAAGGUUGGGUGAAAGUCAACACAGAUGGAGCUUCAAGAGGUAAUCCGGGAAGGAGUUCAAUUGGUUUUGUCCUUAGAAAUGAGGAGGGUGAUGUCCUGUAUGCAUGUGGCAAGGAGAUCCAAGAGGGCACAAAUUCAGUUGCUGAAGCUAAAGCUAUCUCUGAGGCUUUGAAAUUUUGUGUACAGCAUGACUAUGUCUUGAUUGACUUGCACACAGACUCUAUGGUGCUGCAAAAAGUGAUUACAGGAGAAUGGAAGCCCCCUUGGGUCUUGGGAAGUCUGGUAGAGGAGAUUAUGGAUUUGAUGAAGAGGGCUAAUGUUAAGAUAUCUCAUACACUCAGAGAAGGAAACAAGUUAGCAGAUCACAUUGCAAAUUAUGCCCUGGACAAUGGCAUGUUUGAGUGUUAUGGAUUUGAAGAUUUGGAUGUUCAGGGGAGAAAAUUGGUGAACUCUGAUAAAUUACAAUGUACAAAUGCUGCAGCUAUGUUUUGGAUCUCGAGGGAACUUUUUAUGGUGGUAUUAGUGCUUUGCACUCAGCCCAGAGAAGGAAACUCAAAUCCAAACAUAGCUACAGAAGAAAAUCAGAAAUUUCUGAUGUCACUGAAGGUUUUCAGUAAAUCUAAGGUCACAACAGGAGCUUUAAAGCCCAGAAUGUCUAAUCGAAAUGGGUUACCUGAUCUUGGCUAUGUCAGCAGUAGGGGGGCAUUCUCAGGGAUAGGGAGUAAUAUGGGAGUUCAGAGGUUGGAAGGAAGGGGUCUAAUCUGGGGAUCCACAGCAAGAGAGGGAGUAGUAGACACACAUUGGGCUUCAGGGAGCCAGGCAGGUGCUAGAGGAAAGGAACAAUGA